AUGGAGAGGGUUUUUAAAAAUGGUGGAGCGUUUGUUAUGAUUUUGCUUAUAGUUUUAUUCGUCGCACAAAUUGUUGAUGGGCAGAGAAUCGAGGAAGAAACCAUUGGUGGAGGCGGUCUAGGUAGUGGUGUUGGAGGAGGUGGAGGUUUUGGAGGUGGUGCUGGUGGAGGAUUUGGAGUAGGAGGCGGUGGUGGUUUUGGAGGAGGUGGUGGUGGUGGUUUCGGUGGAGGGGCAGGUGGUGGUAUUGGUGGUGGUGCUGGGGGUGGCAAAGGAGGUGGUAUUGGUGGAGGCGUAGGAGGUGGAAAAGGUGGUGGUUUUGGAGGAGGGACGGGUGGUGGUAUUGGUGGAGGUGUAGGAGGCGGAAAAGGUGGUGGUUUUGGUGGUGGUGCUGGGGGUGGGAGUGGCAAAGGAGGUGGUAUUGGUGGAGGCGUAGGAGGCGGAAAAGCUAACCAACCGCCCGAACGCCAACCUCUUAUCUCUAGUCUCUACAGCUUUCUUUCUUUAUUUACUUAUCUGGCUCCUUCGUCAUUAGUCUUUUGGUUAUAUAUACAUUUUUCUUCAAUAUGCCAAUCCUCUGAUGCUCCCCUUCCACUGUUUGAGCUUGUCCAAUCCCUGUCUUUCAAGGGAGGAUUCCUUGGAUUCAGCAAGGAUGAAUCUUCUGACAGGCUAAUAAACUCCCUGGGGAAAUUUGGUGGAAGGGAUUUUCUCAGCAUUUUCAGGCUCUUCCCGAGGUUUCUCAUCAUUGAUGAUGGCUGGCAAAGUAUCAACUUUGAGGGAGAAAAUCCAAAUGAGAACGUGAAAAGUCUUAUUGUUGGAACUAUUCAAGCGAUUGCCAGGCUUCACAGGUUUGAUGAAUGUGAAAAAUUCAGGAAGUACAAGGGUGGAUCCCUGUUGGGGUAUAAUAGUCCUCCAUUCGAUCCCAAGAAGCCAGAGAUGUUGAUUUCUAAGGCAAAUGAAAUAAAUUGUACUGAAAAAUCUCGAAAUAAGGCAGCUCAAUCUGGGAUCGCUGAUUUGUCUCAGUAUGAUGUUCAAAUUGAGAAACUGCAAAGUGAGUUGGAUGGAAUGUUUGGCAGAAAAGAGGGAAAAACUUCCAGCCAAGGAUGUUUAUGUAGUUCUUGCGAAUCCAAAAGUCAGGAAUUAAAGCUUCACAAGGGAUUUGAGGACGAAUUUCAAAGGAUUGGAUGA